AUGCAGGAAGACAGAGACGAGGGUUCUUUUCGUCUCGUCGUCGCCAACAAGCUCAUUCUGAUGCACGUCAUCCUCACUCUUACUUCGUGUCACCGUUUGUCGGCGCCCCCCGUCCCGCCUAAACAACCAUACCAGACCUACCUCUCCUCCCGCCCACAUAUCCAAGUCCACCGCCCCCUCCCUCCCUCAUCUUCAUACAACCCUACCGACCCUGCUCCACCUCCACUAGAACCACUCCGGAUCCCGCUGACCUCCCGCCGGCCGAAUUACACGCCCAAGAGGUUCUUGCACCCGGAACCUACUGUAAGGUUGCCCAAGCCGGGGACGUGGAUUAUGGGGACGAUCAGGUCUGGAGGAGCGGGGUUGAAGAGGGGGGAAGUGGAUAGGGGGACCCUAAGGGAGGGUUUGAGGGAGGUUAGAGCGGGGAGGAAGGAGGCGAGGGAGGCGGAGCGAUUGAGGAGGUAUGAUGAUGCCUGCAGGGAAUACUCGGCCCUCAAGAUCCAGACGGAACAAGAUAUCUACAGGGAUUCUCGGAAAGGCCGUGGGCGUGCGCGUGGGCGGCAGGAUCAUACGGAAGGACCGUAUGCUGACGAUCCUGCGACAUAUGGGUAUCCCGCUCAAGAAGCUUAUUAUGCACCGGAACAUGCUGUAUACCACCAACAAUCGCAAGCUCCAACGCAAACGCAAACCGAGGCAUACCCAGCGCAGCCAGCGACUUAUGGCAACGUCCCCUCUUCCCCGGCCCAGCCUUACCCUCAAACCUACGCUGUACCCCAAACAGAAACUUACGGAGGAGACCCUUAUUAUGACCAAACUCACCCUCAACCUCGUCCCGCCGGGGGGAGGUCGAUCUGGAAACGAUCCCACUGGGUCUCAUCCAGAGCCCCUCAACAGCAAGAUCAUGUUCCUGAGUCUCAGACCUUGGGGAAUAUCGGUACGGCGACCACGACCAGGACCAAGACUAAGCGCGGGUUUAGGAGUAAACAUGGGAUGAGGCAUGUGGAUAGGGAGGAGGUUCAUGAGUAUUGA